UGACGAAUAAAAGGGACAGCAGAAGAGACCGGUUUGUAUUUAAACCCAAACCCAUCAUUAAAACCCAAGAAUAAGAGCAGAAGACUCGUCUGAAUUACAGCAGCAAAUCUCCAUCUCCAAAACCUUUCGAGCUCUCGAUCAGUUUCUUGCGCCGACGUACUCGAUCCGGGCGUGUUCCGAAUACCAUUGUCACCGUCGUCAUGAAGAGGAGCUUCGAUCUCGAGCUCCGGCUCCAGCCGUAUUCCGUCUCUGAUUUCCUGGCUUCGUCGUCGUCGGUGUCGUCGGCGGAGUCUGCCGAGUGCUCACGCGAAGAGCAGCGGAAGCUGACCGUAUUCUACGAUGGCAAAGUCUCUGCCUCCACCGUUACUGAACUGCAGGCCAAAGCAAUAAUUCUGCUUGCCAAUAGAGAGAUGGAGGAGAGAAGCAGCAAGACUCCAACAGGGUCGGAGCCCUCGACGCCGAGCUUGCGGUCUCAGCCCUCAACGCCAAGCUUGCGAUCUCAGCCCUCGACACCGAGUCCGCAGGCUCAGGUCUACAAUUCCACAGGCCUCUCCAUGAAGAGGUCUCUGCAGAGAUUCCUCCAGAAGCGGCAGCAUCGGAUCCAAGCCACUUCUCCUUAUCAUCAUCAGUAUUAGUUUUUAAUUUGAUUAGUUCAGUUUUUUUGAGAGAUUUCGUGCCAUUCGGAUGUUGUUGGGGCUUCUUGGAAAAGAUAUGUUCUUGAUUGACUGACUUGAAUAUGGUGUAAAAAGGUUGCAAUUCAGAUGUGUCAUGUGGCUCAUGAUUGAAGUUCCUUGUUGGCUCCUGAUGAUCCGGACGGAUACUUUCGUUUGGUUUUUGGGAUUUUAUUAUGGAUCGGUAAGAGCUAUAGCUGCAGAUUUGGAUGUAAACCAAUUUCGAGAAACUAAGAUUUCGUGCAUUAGCUAAA